UUAAAAGGCUGUCCUUACAUAAAGAGAAGACAUGAAGGACGUAGAACUGAAGGAGGUGGAUCAGGAAAAACAGCUAAUGACCGGACAAACUCAAAUAAAUGGCUGCGUGAAGGUCACUGUCCCAGAGAAUGCUGGAGUGAAGUAUACUGGCCUCUCCAAAGACGAGUUAAUUAAAAUCGCCAGUACAGCUGGGUGGGUUCGGACUCGUUGGGUCUUGCUGGUUUUGUUCUGGUUCGGCUGGAUUGGCAUGUUAGCUGGAGCAAUAGUAAUCAUAGUACAGGCCCCACGCUGUAAACCCAUUCCUGAGAUGAACUGGUGGAAUGAAGGUCCUCUGUACCAGAUAUCUGACGUGAAUGCCUUCUCUGAAAAGGGACUGAAAGGAGUGGAGGAAAAGCUGGACUAUAUGAACCAGAUGAAGGUGAAGGGCCUUGUUCUGGGUCCGAUACACACUGUGCAAGCAGACCAGCUGGAUAAACUAAAUCUGGUUUCAGUUAAACCUGAAGUAGGCACUAAGAAUGAUCUGGAAUCUCUGCUGAGCCAAGCACACAAAAAAAGGUAUCUCAAUAGUGCUGAAUUUAACACCCAAAUGAGACAUCAUGAAAACAGACUCAUGGCCAGGCUAUAUUCAACCAAAGUGUCCAGACCAAAAAAAGUAGCUCUGAUGGGAUCAGUCACCGGUCUCUCUGUGGAUGAGGUCUCUCUCGUGCUGAACCGCUCAGGUGUUGACCUGCUCUUGAAUGGACUGCCUGAUCUGGCUGAGCCCGGUGAAAGACAGGCCCAGGUAAUAAAGAACCACUACUUCAGUCACCUGCAGAUGAGUCUGGGCUGGUGUCUGAGUGGACGGACUCUGGGUUCUCCAGCAGUGCCUGUAAGGCUCUAUCAAAUGCUGCUGUUCACCCUCCCGGGCACACCUGUGUUCAGCGCUGGAGAUGAGAUUGGACUGAAGGCCGGGGAAAAUCCUAAAAUAAUGUGGGACUUGGAAUACCCAGUAGUAGAGACGAAUGCAACAGCAAAGACUCUGCAGGAGGAGCAUAUCGCAGUUCGUAACUUCUUCAAAACACUCACUCAUCUGAGGGGAAAAGAGCGAUCGCUUGUGCACGGAGAAUAUGUCAGCCUUUUCAGUUCACCCACUUCAUUAGCAUUUGUCCGCCUCUGGGAUCAAAGCGAACGCUUCCUUACUGCCAUGAACUGGGGAAAUGACCCUGUAACCAUGAACCUCACUUAUAGAGACCUGCCGACACAAGCUCAGGUUCGCCUCACCACAGAUGCUGCGAAUCUAGCCGUGGAUAGCAUGGUCUCCUUAGAGAAGUUUCAGCUUGGGCCCAAACAGGCUGUUCUGUUGUCUUAUCCUUAUGCUGGUUAGACAAACAUAUGCAGAUCCUC